AUGUCGGACGCUUUCUCCAUAAGGUCCACACAAAGUGCACCUCCAAGUUAUGACACCGCAGUUCAGCAAUCAAUACCGGAAGAAGAACAACUUGAAGAGCCCCCACUGGCAAGAGUUGUAACGGCAGCACCAUUGGUGGUAUUAGCUCCCCCGACCAAUUUAUCGUCCGAUACUCUCGUUGAAGCCACCGCGAGAAACUAUCUAACUAACGUAGCAUCAAGAGGACCAUUUUCAUCUGACGUCGAAGCAACAGGGCCAUUCACAUUCUCACCCUUCGGUCCAAACGCCAUGCUGCUUUUGCCCCAUGCGCUCUCUUCGAAUUCUCGCCCUCUAUAUCAUAUCUCUGUCUCGAGCGACUGCUUCAGACCUCAUAUAUUUACCACAAUUAUUCGCAGAGGAACAGAGAAAGGCCAAGUCAUUGCACAAAUCCAACGGUCCACAACACAGAAUGACGGUUAUCGGGGGACUGUUGAAUACAUAGGCGCAGGGCGGCCUAAGAUGGCUUAUCUCGAUAAUAUACAUUUCCAAUUGGAAGCACGCGAAAAGAUGAAAUAUGAGUGGCAUUUUGACAAAGACAUGCCUCUCGUGUGGCAAACAAAUUGUCCGGGAAGAACAGUGCGACUUCUUGCAUUUGUGCAAACGAGCGAUUUUUUGACAGAUGUUCCGGGUAUAUAG